ACACAGGCCGGGGGAGGAGCCUUCCUAGAGUGGAGACAGCAGGGGUGACCCUUCCUAAAGGCAGCGCCUGGGGACUCCCAGGACCACGGGCUGAGACGCCACGCAGGGCAGGGUGGCUGGAGGAAGUGAGAGGUGAACUCAGCCUGGGCCUGGCUGGGCAAGACCCUCCUCCACCUGCGCCCCUGGACACUGCCCGCCAUGGCCCUGGCCCAGCAGCUGCGGGCCGAGAGCGACUUUGAACAGCUUCCGGAUGACGUUGCCAUCUCAGCCAACAUUGCCGACAUCGAGGAGAAGAGGGGCUUCACCAGCCACUUUGUUUUCGUCAUCGAGGUGAAGACGAAGGGGGGCUCCAAGUACCUCAUCUACCGCCGCUACCGCCAGUUCUACGCCCUGCAGAGCAAGCUGGAGGAGCGCUUCGGGCCCGAGAGCAAGAGUCCCCUGGCCUGCAGCCUGCCCGUGCUCCCAGCCAAAGUCUACGUGGGCGUGAAGCAGGAGAUCGCAGAGAUGAGGAUACCCGCCCUCAACGCCUACAUGAAGGGCCUCCUCAGCCUGCCCGUCUGGGUGCUGAUGGACGAGGACGUCAGGAUCUUCUUUUACCAGUCGCCCUACGACUCGGAGCAGGUGCCCCAGGCGCUCCGCCGGCUCCGCCCACGCACCCGGAAAGUCAAGAGCGUGUCCCCGCAAGGCGCUGGCUUUGACCGCUUGGCAGCUCCGCGAGCAGAGGCCAUGUUUGACUUCACUGGGAACAGCAAACUGGAGCUGAGUUUCAAAGCUGGAGACAUGAUCUUCCUUCUCAGUCGGAUCAACAAAGACUGGCUGGAGGGCACCGUCCGGGGGGCCACGGGCAUCUUCCCACUUUCCUUCGUGAAGAUCCUCAAGGACUUCCCUGAGGAAGACGACCCCACCAACUGGCUGCGCUGCUACUACUACGAAGACACCAUCAGCACCAUCAAGGACAUCGCCGUGGAGGAAGACCUCAGCAGCACUCCACUGUUCAAAGACCUGCUGGAGCUCAUGAGGCGGGAGUUCCAGAGGGAGGACAUCGUCCUGAACUACCGGGACGCUGAGGGGGACCUGGUCCGGCUGCUCUCGGAUGAGGAUGUGGGGGUCAUGGUGAAGCAGGCUCGAGGUCUCCCCUCCCAGAAGCGCCUGUUCCCCUGGAAGCUGCACAUCACCCAGACGGACAACUACAGGGUCUACAACACAGCGCCCUGAGCUGACGGUGUCCCUGGGGCAGUGAGGGGACACCUGGCAAAGAGCCUCAAGAAGGCGACCAGGACGGGAAAGCUGGGAGGAUGGCGCAGACUUCUGGCUCCAAGGCUGACGGACCUGCUGGGCUUGGCUCAAGCUCGUUUGUUUCUUUUCUUCACCUCUGAAUUAAAUAAACCAUUUUAUGUGGGGAAAAUGGGA